AUGCCCUCCCCCUUUGGGAUGCCAGAAUACUGCUUCACAUUGGAGAACCUGCAGGAAAAGAACUUUACAUGGCAAGAGCUGAAUCCUCUGCAGAAGGUUUUUGACACUAUGAAAGGCUGCAUAGCUUUUGUCUUGAGUGUAGCAGCCCUAAGUAGAUGGGCAUUCGCUGCAGGCACCAAGGAAUUAUCUGUCACUACAAUAAAGCAAGAUCCAUAUGCAAUGACCAAAGGCUCGGGCGGCGAGCUGGAGGGCUAUUGCAUCGACCUGAUCUCUGAGCUCGGUGAAAUGCUCGGCUUCACCUAUAAAAUUCAGCUAGUCAAGGACAAUCGCUAUGGAGGCAUGGAUUCCAAGGGAAACUGGAAUGGAAUGAUUGGGGAAGUCAUCAGAGGGGAAGCUGACCUAGCUGUGGCACCAUUGACCCUCACCGCCAUCAGAGAGCAGUAUGUUGACAUGACGACCCCCUUCAUGCAAACAGGAAUUAGUUUUAUUCUGCACAAAGACUUGGUUAGUGAUGAUAGCCCAUUCAGCCUCCUCGCACCCUUCUCCACUGAGAUGUGGGUGGGAAUCCUCGUUUCAUUCCUAGUAACCGGACUUUGCAUGUUCCUUGUGGGCAGAAUCAGUCCCACUGAAUGGACUGAGCCUGACACAGAGGAGCACCAAUUCACUUUACUGCACAGCUACUGGUACAUCACAGGAGCGCUCACUCUGCAAGGUGCUGGUCCUCAUCCUAAAGCAGUGUCUGGAAAACUAGUCAGCGCCAUCUGGUGGUUAUUUGCCAUUCUGCUGCUGGCUUGCUACUUAGCCAACUUUAACUCAGCGUUGCACUCAAACAACAAUCAUGGCUCCAUUGAAACCUUUGAAGACCUUGUCAGUCAGGAUGACAUCGAAUACGGCACAGUGGAUGGCGGCUCCACUACGCUUUUCUUUAAGAAUUCCAAAAGUGCCGUGUACAGGCGCAUCUACCAGCACAUGGAGCGUAAGAAGACCUACGUGGCAAGCAUGGAGGAUGGUGUCCGCCGUGCUCAGGAAGGAAACUUUGCUUUCAUUGGUGAAGCAGUGUCCUUGGACUUGGCUGUGGCUCGCUAUUGCAAACUGAUCCGUUCACAGCAAGUCAUUGCCAUGAGAGCAUAUAGUAUCGCCGCACGUCAGGGUUCCCCAUUGGUCAGAAACCUCACCAUGGCUAUUCUCCAGCUGAGCGAAUCUGGUGAGCUGACUUAUUUGCAGAAUAAGUGGUGGGCCAGCAGCUGUGCAGGAGAGAAAGAUGCUCGCACCACAGAAAUCCUCCAGCCUCAUGACCUGCGGGGCCUCUUUCUCCUCCUCGGUCUCGGUCUGGUCGCGGGCCUUCUUCUUGCCCUGCUCGAGCUCUUAUCCAAGGCUCGCAAUCGGGCAAAAGAACAAAAGAAAUCGUGCUGCUCAGUGUUGACAUCUGAGCUCAAUCAACGCUUUGGCAAUGGAGGAGAGGUGGCAGAGCAAGAUGCAGCCAACAAAAGCAAAGCCUAG